ACAUCACGGACUAUAUUCUGUGGAAGUGGAUGUGAAAGCUGCUGUGAAGACACAAAAUCUGAGAACCUUCCUAAGGAGGGCUUCUCAUUAAUUGAUUCCCACAAGUGGCUAAAGAUAGUAAGAAGAGCAGACUGCCUGCUGCUUCGUGCACAGUCAAAGAAUGAAUGCCGCAUGUUUCGUGUUCAGUUUGGUGGAGAUUCAAAAGAACAGAUGCUGGAACACUGCUGCAGUUGCGUUCAGAAACUUGCAGAGUACGUACCGGUUCAAGUAACUGAUGAACAAAGCCAGAAUCUCUAUCACAGUCUCAGUCAGCUGCCUAGUGGUGACAACGAAGUGAAGGACACUGAACAAAAUACAUCAGUACUAUAUAUGCCAGAUGAGCCUCUACCAGAUUCCUGUACAAGCCUUGGAGAUAGACUAUCUGUAACACAGCUAGCACAGUCUGUGCUGAAAAAGAAGUCUGAGCUCCCCCUUGUGUAUCAGCAUGCAGCGUGGCGUGCACAGGAGCUGGGGCCCUUCAUUCGCUUAUGUCUCAUGGAUCAGAAUUUCCCAGCUUUUGUGGAAGAUGUGGAGAAGGAAUUGAAAAAAAUCACAGAAGGUUGAGAAAUACCAGCUUACUGCCACUGGAAUACACACUCCAGUAUACCCAGCACUUGGGAUACACAAACUUACGUGUGAUUAAAUACUUGAGAAAGUCUCACACGAUUUUUUUGUCAGUGUUUUAUUUUUAAAAACAGGUGAAUCCACUUUUUAUACAUCAUUGCACUUCAACAAAUACACAGAACACAAGUUCAUGCAUCUACAGUUACGCACAUCAUGAGAACCCUGUUAGGUCUAUUUCUACAAUCUUUAAAUCAUGAGAAAUUACAGUGUCAAACUAAAGAGUAUAACUAGUUGCAUAGAAUAUCACCAUGCUGUAACAUUUCAUCAUUUAAACAAAAACAAAAAAAAAGAAAAUUAUAAAAGUUUGCCUGAAUUGAAUGUACAAGAAUAUGUUGAACACAUCAGUGCAAAAGGAUUUGAGAAUUUACAUGAGUUAACAAAAAAAAAAAAUCACUUAAAAAGCAAUCAUAUAUAUAUAUAUAUUUAUAAACUGAAGUUUUGUUUUUGUUUUCAACUGCAUUCCACCACCACGUCGAAGCGUUCCAGCUUUUGAAGUCUGAUUAUAGGACACCCAAGUCUCUCUAUAUAGGUUAAGCCCUUAAAAUAAUUUCAAUUUAUAUUACUUCUCUAAGUACCAGAACAGUAUAAUUCUCUCAUCUUUCAGACAUACAGUAAGGAAUGAAUAUCAGCAGCUUAAAAAUGAAACACAAUUACUGUAGUUUGGUUUUCCCCCUCCCCCCAAAUAUAAAUAUAUAUUGUAUAUAUUUUUAAGUUUUGCUGUACUUUACAAAAAGUAUCACUAGAUGGCAGCAGUGCGUUUUAGAGCUUUGCCAAUUUUAACAGCUACAGGAAGUAAAAAAUGGCGCAUGCGUGAUCUGACUUACUACUACUAAUGUUUAAAUAGAUUAAGGAAAAAAAAAAAA